UACUGUUUUUGACAAUCAUUUGUCGCUUGUAAUGGUGUGUUUGCAAAAUGGUUUGGAUUAUUCUCGUUUUGGAAGAAUAUCGGAUAUAUUAGAGAACAUUGACAGUAACGGAAUGGUGUCCUCUUCUCCUUAUCUCAAUUCUUCAUACGUAAGCAUUGAUGUGUCCAAAGAAGAUAUCACUCAAAACGGAAAUCAUUUGUCAGCAAUGAAUAUAUCAAACCGAGGCAGCUUUAGUUCGCGCGACUCAAUCCCGUCGACCCCGUGUUCCCAACGAGAAGACGGCAAACCACAGCCCUAUACCAUAUCUAAUGAUCCGUCGGGAAUGAAAACACCUAAAGAUAUACCGAAAGAGGUAUUACUGGCUCUCAACCAAUUCCAACGCAAACAACAAAAGGGUUUUAUCGAUGUUUGGUGGCUCUACGAUGACGGAGGCCUCACUCUUCUCCUACCAUAUCUGUUGAGCACUAGAAAGCAGUGGAAAGGAUGCAAACUAAGAGUCUUUACGUUAGCCAAUAAAAAGGACGAAUUGGAUACCGAACAGCGAAAUAUGGCAACACUUCUCAGCAAAUUUAGAAUUGAUUACUCGGACGUCAUUGUGAUCCCGGAUAUCGUUAAAGCGCCUCAAGAGUCCACUAAACGACAAUUCAAAGAAAUGAUCUCCAAAUGGAGGGUCAAAGACAACGAAAGCAAUAAUUGCGAAACCAUUGGAAACAAAAGCGAUAGUGAAGUGAACGAACAUUUAGUGAUUACUGAGUCUGAAUUGGUUGCUCUCAAAGAUAAAAAUAACCGUCAGAUGAGACUCAGGGAUCUCCUCAAUAGCUAUUCUAAAGAAUCCUCACUUAUCGUGAUGACACUUCCGAUGCCGAGGAAGGGGACGUGUUCUGCGCCACUAUAUAUGGCAUGGCUUGAGAUCCUAACGCAAGAUAUGCCCCCAUUUAUGUUCAUAAGAGGAGANGACACUUCCGAUGCCGAGGAAGGGGACGUGUUCUGCGCCACUAUAUAUGGCAUGGCUUGAGAUCCUAACGCAAGAUAUGCCCCCAUUUAUGUUCAUAAGAGGAGAUCAAACAAAUGUACUAACCUUUUACUCCUAAAUUAUUUGCCUUUUAUUUAGAUCUUUUAGUGAAUUUUUAAACUAAAUUUACUUUAUAUAACAUUUUAGCGGU